AUGGAUGACCGAGGAAGGGCACCUUACGCUCGAGCGAUGCAACUUCUUCAACGCUACAUGACCGAUUGGAAUAUUGAUGACUUGAACCAUGCAAUUGAAUUCGGCCAGCUCGCUACACAGACGACUCCUGAGGAUCAUGUGGACAGAGCUGCCCGAAUUUCGGAUUUGGGAACCAUGUUUGCUCAAAGAUAUCAGCAAGAGGAACAGCUGGAAGACCUCAACCAGGCCAUAGGACUUGCAUCAGAUUCCGUUUCAUCCGCUCCGAUCGGCUAUCCGUAUCUCCCAGCUUUCUCGAACAACUUGAGCAGCUACUUUGGGAUGCGAUAUGAUCACAUCGGUGAAGUCGACGAUCUGACCCAGGCUAUCACCAUCGCGCAGCAAGCGGUAGAUUCGGCGUGGAACGACGACCAAAAUUUCCCAAAGUACUUAGACAGCCUGGCAACAAGUCUCGAACGAAGAUCAACACUGGAACGUAGUGAAUCGAGCAGAGAAGACGCCCAGAGGUCCGUGGAGCUGGGGGAACUCGUGUUGCAAUUGCUCCCAGACGAUGACGACAACCUGCCAAUUUACAUGAAUAACUUGGCAAAUCGCUUUCAGAGUCUAUAUGACCAAGACAAUAAAGUGGAAUACCUUGACGAAGCCAUCAAAUGGGCCAGGUUGGCAAUUUUUGCGAUCGACGAAAGCGAUCCUAUCUGGCUGCCGAGCAGAAACAACUUAGCUAUCGCACUUGAGCGCCGGUAUGAUCUGAAUGGGAGCAGAGAGGAUCUAGAUGAAGCCAUCGAUAUUGCCCACCAGGUGGUGAAUUCGACCGAAGGAAAUGAUCCGAAGCUGGCACCUUACCUGAAUACCUUGGCGGUCAAGAUUACGGCUCUGUAUCACCGCGCAGGAAAUGUACAAGACUUGAAAGAGGCCGUCAAACUUACACGACGUGCCUUAGAGGUCGCUCCAGCAGACCAUCGAGACAGAGCGGACUGGUGGAACAACUUAGGAACUCUACUCGAAAGCCUUUUCCGAAGAACUGGGAAAUUCCAGUACAUCGAGGAAGCCGUGGAAGCCGCGCAACAGGCCGUUGAGCUUACUCCGAAAGACCACCCAGAUUGCGCAGCAUAUCUCAUCAACUUGUCGAACAACCUCGAAACGCGUUUCGAAGCAACUGGCGAUGUUCAUUAUCUAGACAGCUCCCUCCAAUUCGCGGAGAAAGCUGUCAACGUCACGCCUGGGAACCAAAUUCAGCCGGCUGGAGACAUGAAUGAUCUCGAAGAAGCGGUCCGAUUUGCACGAGAUGCUUUACUAUUGGUUCCAGAGGGUCACCGCACCUACCCUACUUACCUAAGUAGCCUGGCAACUGCUCUGCAUAGCCAGUUUGAGCGGACGCGUGACAUCAAACAUCUCGAUGAAGCCAUCAAGCUAUCGCAGAGAGCUGUGCAUCUGACGGAACGGAGUCAUCAGGAUUAUGCAGCGUGGAAGGUCAACCUCGCAAACCACCUCAGCGCUCGCUACGACCACUACGGCGACAUUGCUGACCUCAGGGAGGUAAUCAACCUCGCUCGCGAUACGGUGGAGUUGACCAAAGGAGAGCAUCUCGACCGGGAGCCAUGCAGGAACAAUCUGGCAGCCGCACUGUCUAAGAGGUACAAGCGCAAUGAGAAUAUAGAAGACUUGGACGAAUCCAUUUCCUUGACCCAGCAGGCGCUUGGUUCGACGAGUGAAGAUGAUCCAAACUGGUCCGCCUACGUCUGCAAUCUGGGUAUCUGGCUGCUCAGCCGCUACAACAGGAGCGGUGACAUUGGCGACCAUCGUCUCAAAGCAAUCCGAGUGGCCAUUCGACUUCUUCGAGCCAAAGGAUCUUGGAAUCAAGCAAGUACACUGGCUGCGGAAGCAUUGAAGCUGCUCCCGCUUGUAUGUGGUCGAUAUUUAGGCCUUCAAGACCAGCAAUACGUCCUUGCGCAAACGUCGGGUCUUGCUGCCGAUGCUUGCUCGCUAGCUUUAAAGAACGGGGACGUCGAGGAGGCUAUCAUUCGACUGGAACUCUGGCGUGGUAUCAUGGUCGGCUACAUGAUCGAAUCUCGAGGUGACCUGUCCGAGCUCAAAAAGGAAUGUCCAGAGUUGGCCAAUCACUAUGAAAACUUACAACGCAAGGCAUCUCAGAAGAUUGACUCGCGCGACCCCCAAGUCCGGCAAAUGCUGCUCAAAGAAAGGAGAGAGGCCAUCAAAGAGAUCGAAGGUUGCGUUCAGCGGAUCCGCAAGGAGACUACCUACAAACGCUUUCUGCUAGGACCUGCAAUUGAGGAGCUGAAGAAAGCUUCGGACCCUGGGCCACUUGUUCUGGUCAACGUCACAGACAUCAGUGCCGAUGCUUUGAUCGUAUCACCGCAGGAAAUCAAAGCCAUUCGUUUGCCGGAAUUCUUCGACAGGGCGGCGCCGUCGGCCGUGAAGGGAGAGAUCGAGUCGUACGAGCGCGUGUCUCGUGGGGAUGGCAACCGAGACAUUGAAAGCGAGGCUCCAUCGCACCUGGAAUCUGAUCACCUGUCCUGGCUGUGGACGAACUGUGUGAAGUUGAUACUCCAGGAGCUUGGCGGUGACAAUAUGCCAGUCCACAAUAACCUGCCUCGUGUCUGGUGGGUUGGAACAGGUAUUGCCAGUUCUCUUCCCUUUCACGCAGCAGGAGAGGCCUUCGGUCUGUCGACAGAAAACACCUUGAGCCACAUUGUACCUUCAUACACACAAUCCAUCAAGGCUCUCCUGUAUUCCAGGUCCCAGAUCCUUCGAUCUGCCCAGCACAACAAAAACAAGUGCUCCAUGAUGGUUGUGGCGAUGCCGCAAACCCCGGGACAAAGACCACUGCCCGGAGUUGACGGGGAGGCGAAGGCCAUCGCCAGUGUGAGCAAAGGCGUCUACAACGUCGAAGUAUUGCCACAGCCAGCGGCAGAUGGCGUAUUACAGAAGCUUUCCACCACGGACAUUGUUCACUUCGCGUGCCACGCCAUUUCAGACCCCUUCGACCCUUCCAAAAGCCACCUCCUUCUCCAGAAGCCGGGGGCCAAGGGCUUCGUGAUCGACAAGCUAACCCUGUCUCAGAUUGCCGGAGUCGUGACGGAAGGACCGGCGCAGCUUGCGUUCCUCUCCGCCUGCUCGACCGCGGAGGUAAAGGCGAGUAAACUCACGGACGAGGGCCUCCAUCUUGCCAACGCAUUCCAAGUCGUAGGGUUUGGCCACGUUAUCGGGGCUCUGUGGUCCGCCAAUGACGAGGUCUCUGCUCGUCUGUCGGAGUUGUUCUACGCCCAUCUUAUCGAGGCGGGUCAAACUUCGUCCCUCGACGGCCUCGUAGCCUCAGCCUUGCGGGAAGCGGUAGUGCAGGUUCGAUCGGAGUUUUCUGAGAACCCCGAGUUAUGGGCUCCAUUCAUUCAUUUGGGGGCAUAA